CGAGGGACGACCAGAAGGCAGCCCCGGACUGCUAUAUUGGCUCACUUGAGGAGCCGCAGUCGCCGCAACUCGCCGCCCAGCUGUGCUACCCGUCGCCAAGACUCCUCCGGCAGCUACCCCAGGCGCGCAGGUGGAAGAGGAACGCAGCAGGCGAGGAGACAGCAGCACGGUCGCCGACCAGGGGGACCGCCCAGGGCACAGCAACAGUCGCCGUCGUCAACUCUGGAGGCCGCAGGAGCGACAGACACCCAGAGCCCUCUGCGAUGUUCGCCAUAAUGCCCAUAGAGACGGACGAGCGGCGAGAGUUCAGACGCAAGAUGCGGGCCAAGUGCGAGUUCAUCUGCAAGUACUGCCAGCGCCGCUUCACCAAGCCCUACAACCUCAUGAUCCAUGAGCGCACUCACAAGGACGACGUGACCUUCACGUGCGAGACGUGCGGCAAGACCUUCAAGCGCCAGGACAACCUCAAGCAGCACAGGUGCGGGUGGCGGUGAUGCGGCGGCCAGGCGACCAGAACCUGCCCGCGCCUUCCGCUCGUGUCUGUCCACCCACCCUGUACAGCGCAGCAUGGACUCUCUUCCGGACGCCAGCAGACACUCCGCGGGCGGCCAGGCAGUCGUCACAGACCACAACCUCCCCCCCUCCCGACUCUUCAGCCACCAGAACCACCAACCACCACCACCCGGACCACACGACCGCAGUGCGCAACCUAGCGUGCGGCGCAGAGUAGUAGCGCGGAAGCCGUGCAACCCUGCGUGCAACGCGGUGUAGGACCCGGUGCGGCGCGGUGCAGGACUCCACCCGACUGCAUUGCCGCCAACCUCGACAACAAGACAAGCACCUCUCUCCCUCCCUCCCUCCCUCCCUCCCACCGGCCGAGUGCAGUGCAGUGUAGUGCAACUCAGUGCAGCUUCACGAACAAACACUUCCCGUCUCUCCCGCGCCGGGGAUCCCCCGACCCACCGCGCGGACUGAACACGGCGUGGGACACCCAACCAGGACUGCCAACAGUUCCACUCUCGAGCUCUCCCAGUGCUGCCAACCGAGUGCGCAAGUUUGCAGAGUAAACCGAACAGUACAGGACCGGGACUGAAGGGCCUUCUGAAGUGAUUUCCACAGUGAAAUUAGCAGGGAGGAGAGAUCUUCCACUUCCAGAGGGCCCCUUCCUUUGGACCAACCUCGUCAGCAUGGCUUCGUUUGACGAGAGUGCUAUGACUGUGUUGCAGCAUCGUCAAAUGAACCACCAUCGCUGUCUGCGGCCAGUAAACAGUAACGCAAUGCUGCAUUGUGCCGUCAACUUUUACAAAGCAACCACAAGCAAAUAGACCAGACAGUGACUGCGAAUCCAAACUGAAAUCUCUCCCUGACUCUGUGGCCUUCCAUUCAACACUUUGAAUAACAAGUGACUUCACAGAUACCGAACCAUUAACACUUGGUAGCCACAACUUGCUAGACUCUGAAAAUAUAGUAUGUAAUAUAUUGACCAUAGAGACAUAAUUUAUUAAUCUAUUGAAGCAAAAUAUAUUUUUAAAGAAUCAAUUUAAUUUAUACGCUUUGCACUAGCACCACAUAAAGCAAGCGUUUAAAUAGAGUGUGUGAUUAUAGUUGUAGAUAGCAGGAAUACAUUUUUAUUUAUAAAUCAUGGUCGCGCUUACAUCAAUCAUCGUACACUUCAGAUUGUACUCUGAUAACAUUGGCUUAAAAUCGUUUGUGAGUUUUCUGACUUUUGAUGAGAUGUUUUAAUGUGCAAUUGUUUCAAAUUUAGUCAGAGCGUUCGCCAUGUAUAUAACUACCAGUUUUUGCCCCCUAAUGAACUGUCUUAGUAGCCUGUAUCACACCCAGUAAAUAUGUUUGUGUAUAGUUUUCAACAAUGUUUAUAUAUUUUUUCGUUAGAUCUAUUAUAGGGAAAACCUACCUACCAUUUCAUUAAAAAAAUAAUUUUAAUUUGUCCAGAUUCUGUGAUUUGUUAGCUAACGGAGAAAUAUCUAAGUUGUAAUAUUUUUCAUUCAUAAUGACAUGUCGAUAAAAACGGAGGCAAAAUAUAUUUUAAUGUACAUUUUAGGAUAAAUAUUUUGAGGAAGUAUUAUUUUUUCUAUGUGCGUGAAAAGGCAGAUGUAAUUUUUUCUGUCUCCUCAAGAUAAAAUUUUAUUUGUGCCUAUUCUGUAUAGAAUAUAAAUUAUUUACCAUUUGAUUUUAUGUUUAUUGUAGCCAACAUGCUUAAAUAUUUGUUUCAGAGUUCGAAUAUGAUUAUCCGAUGCAAAAAGUAAACAAUAACAUUACUUUUAGAUUCCGCAUCCUCUAAUUUUGGCCAGUGAUUUAAAAACUUUUAUUUCGCUACUGAAAAUUUUGAACCUUCACACUGAACUGCCAAAGCACGCACAAUAGUUGGUAGUCCGUACAGUAAAACUAAUUCUAGUCUGAAUGUAGUACAUGUCUUAACAUAUGCCUAUACUGUAUUUCUUGCGAUGUUUUCAAUUUCUUAAGUAACAAUGGCUGUACAAUAUCGAUUAAGAAUAAGCAUAGUUUCAUCACGCAUGAUGUAGAGCUUAUAAGUGAGCGUGUGUUCAGUGUAAAUAUUUGUGAUAAAUUAGAUUAGAUUUAUGUUAUAUAAAUAUAUAUUUCAAGUUUUAGCUCACAGUAUAUUUGUAAAGAAAAAUAUCUUGUUAUUUAAUUUCAGCAAUUGAUUCCCAAUCAAAACGAAGACAUGAAAUUUUGUGUAGAUUCUCUUCGAGUGUUAUAUUUUGUGUUGUAACAACUUUAUAUGUUUAAAUAAGUUAGUGAUUACAGAUGUUAGGAUUGACUUGUAACAUAUGAUGUCAUGAAUGAUGCACGACUAACAUAUAUAUUUAUCUUAAUGUCCCUUCUGUUUGCUAAAUAAAAAAAGAACAAAAUUAUUCUUGAGCUU